GUCCUCUCUGCUCCAGUGUGCUGAAUACCCAGACCAGACCACCCCAUGGCGUUAUGUUCCCGAGGUCGCAUGUUCUCUAGGUUGGCUGUUCUCCAGCCUGGGUAUUCCCAAGGCUGGCUGUUCCUUGAGCUGGAUGGUCUCUCAAUGGGCAAGCAAGCAGGACAACUGGCGAUCCAUGCUGGUACUGUAACGUUAGGACUAGAUUGCAAGUCUAGAAUGGCAGGAGACUAGGUUUCUACAGCACCACCAAGCAGCAGGUCCGAAUAAUCGCAGAACUUCCAAUAAGCGCAACUAAUCAUGGAGUUAGCGGAAGUUGUGCCGACGGCUAGAAUAUCAGACGCGAACGAUAUCUUAUGACAUUCCGGCGGUCGUGACACGCGAAGGAUAUUUCUUUGUGAAUGGCUUCAUGGUUCUGCCAUACUGAGAAUUAUGACAAAAUUGCAUUAGGGCAUUAUUACGACAUCAUAACCUUAGGACAUUUAUGACAUUAUGGCACCGGAUGCUGCCUAGCCUGGGCUCUUCAAAUUCCGACACCGUAAUCCCGAGCCAGAAUCGUCUCAUUGGUGCUGAUUACUGUAUUCUAACAACAACAUCAACAACAACAACAAAAUAGAAACCUAUGCUUUCAGCGUUAGCAAUCGCUAAACGCAAGGAGGUUCCGUUUCGCUCUAAGUUAUAGGGUGAAGGAGGAAUUACGGCUAUCUCUGGCAGCCUUAUCGCACUAUAGGAUAAGACCGACUUCAUGUUCCAGUGCCUGUCAUAAGCCGCCUAUUGUCCGAAUCCCGAACGCCGAACGCCAGACGCCAAACGCCAAACGCCAAACGUCAGACGUCAAGCGUCGAACGCGGAACGCCAAUCCAUGUCGUUAAAGCCCCCCAGUGCCGCUGCCGCAGCAGCCGCCGCCGCAGCUGCUGCAGCGCUUGGCGCGGGCGCGUCAGUAGAAGGCCACCCCGCGUCACCGGCCGGCUCCCCCGCUGCUGCCGCCACGUCUCCCGCUGCAACGACCACCGCAGCAGCAGCAGCAGCAGCAGCGGCGGCAGUAACAACAACAACAACACCGCCAGCAGCAGCAGCAGCAGCAACAGCAACCGGUGGUGGUGCCUCCCCUCCCUCACCCUCCUCCGCACCUGCUGCCACGCCUCCUGGUGACACUGUCACGGAAGCCAUGGGGGUUUCUGAACCUGCACCUACUGCUGCUGCUGGUGGCGCUGUUGCUGCUGCCGCGGCUAGUGCUCCCACUGGUGCCACGGCCAUGCUCUCUCCCUCCACGUCAGCGUGUACGAAGGCCGCCACGUCGUCGUCGCUGUCGUCGGCACAGCAGGCGCCGUCAGAGGGGCGAAAGAUAUCGUGCGAGGACAUUCAACUGGUGCAGAACCUCAUCGAGCGCUGCCUGCAGCUGUACAUGAGCCAGCGCGAGGUGGUGUCCACGCUGCAGUACCAGGCCAAGAUCGAACCCGGCUUCACCAAACUCGUGUGGCAGAAGCUGGAGGAGCAGAACCCGGACUUCUUCCGCUCCUACCACAUGAGGUUACGGCUCAAGGACCAGAUCCACCAGUUCAACUCUCUGCUCGAGCAGCACGCCCAUGCCGUUCGCACCCACCGCCUCCACCGCUCUGCACCGCACUCCGCCCCUGCUACAGCCUCUGCUGCUGGUGCUGGUGCUACAGCUGGGGCUACAGCUUCUGGUGCUGCUGCUGCCACAGGUGCUGCUGCUGGUGCGGGUGCUACUGCUGCUGCUGCUGGCGGUGCUGCUGCUGGUUCUGCUGCUGCUGCUGCUGCUGCUGCUGCUGCCACUGUUUCUGCAGGCACUACCCCUCCCCCCUCCCAUGCUGCCGCUGCUGCUGUUCCUGGCGUCCCUGCUUCUAUGAGGGGCCCUCCUAUGCAUGGUGCAGCGCCCCCUUUCUUGCACCCUCACGCAGCCGCCGCCGCAGCAGCGGCAGCAGCAGCGGGGCAUCACCCGCACCACCCCCACCACCCGCCCCACAUGCUGCAUCAUCCCCACUCCGCGCACCCCUACUCCAUGCUCCCCCCGGGCCAGCACCCCCCCCACAUGCCCCCGCACGGGGUUCCCCCUGGCGCGCCCAUGCCUCCCCCCAUGCUGCCGGGCAUGCUUCCCCCCCACAUGCUCCCGUUUGGCCCGCACCCCCACCCCCAUGCACACCCGCAGCACCCACACGCACAUUCACAUCCCCACGCCCACCCAGCUACUGCCGCUGGUGGUGGGGGCGGUGGUGGUGGAGGGGACAUGCCGGUGUUAGGGGUUCCUUCCUCUGCUAACGCGCAUGCUGCUGCCAUGCAUGCCCAUGCGCAUGGGAUGUCCCAUCCCCAUGCACAUCCCCAUCCGCAUGCCCUUGGCCACGCACAUCCCCAUGCGCAUCCCCAUGCGCAUGGCAUGGCGCACAUGGCGCAUGCGUCGAAUCCUUCCUCUGCUGCUGCGGCAGCUGGAGGCCUCGGUCCUGGGGGGGGAAGAGCAGGGGCGAGCAGUGAUGAUGACAUGGCAGGGGUGGGCGGAGCUGCUGAGCUGGACAGUGACGGGAGUGACAUGGCGUUCCCGUUCGGUUCAGUCGACCUCUCGGGUAUAGGCAUGGGCAUGGGGAUAGGCAUGGGCAUGGGGCUAACCUCUCUUGACGUCGGCCCCUUUUCCUCCUCCCUCGCUCUCACCUCGGCCAAUCAUGAUGCUGCGUUUGGGUCGUCAACGCCCCCGUCAGCCACACGGGGAGAGGAGGAUGGGGAUGGAGGAGAGGGGGAGACAGGGCACCAUCAAACCCACCAGCCGCACCACCACCCCCAUCACCAUCAACAGCAGCAUCACCAUGGUCAUCAUGCUGGCAUGGACGCAGACCAUCCGCAACACUCGCAUCAUCAGCAUCAUCAGCAGCGCCAUCAUCACGAUGACCAUCAGCAUCAGCAUCAGCAGCAACAUCAUUCAACACAUGGUCACGAGCAAGGGAGUGCAAUGGACACCACCCAUCGCCAUCACGAUGCCAGCACCCAUAAUGGCCAUGCACCAUCAGCCGUAGGGGCAGGGGCACAUGACAUGGGGCCACAUGACAGCACAGGCAUGCACCCACCCCAGGCAGCAAGCCGGCACGAAGGCUCUGCUCCCGCUUCCUCUGCAGCUGCUGUUGGGAGGGAGAUUGCUCUGGGUUCGCUGGGACACCUUCCAAGAAACUUCAGCCUUUCUGACUUGACUGCAGACUUCCCAGGCCCCCAAAGCGAAGGUGGUCACAUGCUGGGGCUACUGCCGGGUUCUCCACCCUUCAUGAAUGCCGAGGAUGCUGACUUCCUGAGGCCAGCAGACAAAGACCCCCAUGUGAAGCUUGAAGGCUCCGUGUGACUUGGCCGACUAACUCUGGUUGACCUGACUGUGGUUGACCCCCCAUAGAGUUGACUUUGGUUGACCAGAGAGCUGACUUCGGUUGACCGGAGAGAGUUGACUCCGGUUGACUCUUCUUGACCAGGAAUCAGCAGCAAAGAGCCCAGUGGGUGGGGAGCGAGAGAAGAGAGUGCCUCAGAUGGAGGGGAUGGAGGGGGAGAGGAGAGGAAAGGGAGGAAGGGAAAGGCAGGAAAGGAAGGGGUUUUUUUAAAGAAUUCUCAAAAACACCACUCAGGCAAAAUGAAGGGAAAGGCAGGAAAGGAAGGGGAGGAAAGGAAAGGGAGGUGGCGCUGGGGUUGGGGGCAUGCUGUAGGGAGGAACGGAGAGACGGCCACUGCUCGUGCUGUUACUAUGGGACUCGUACGGUUGUCGGAGAAUGGGAGCAGUGCUUGCUGCUGGGGUAGGAGAAAGUCAGGAGCUUGUCUUGGCGCGGCUGGGUCAAGUGCUGGGGCCGUGCAUGGGAUGCGAUGGGAGCAGUGCAUGCUGCAUUGCUUUGAGGCGCCUCAAAACUUGAGUCAAGUGCUGGGGGCCGUGUAUGGGAUGGGAUGGGAUGGGAUGGGAGCAGUGCAUGCUGCAUUGCUGUACCAAGGCCCAUGCGUCAGUCAGUCAGUCCUCUUGAGGCAACUCAAGACGAAAUGUACUGUACGCAUUUUACAUUCCUGCAAAUCAUUAUUA